AUGGGUCGCAAGUUGCUCGCGCUAGUACCAUCAGAGUUGCCGUCGUCUGUCAACUUGGGGCGCUUCCAUUCGGACGCAACGGACGCCCCGCUUCUCUCUGUUGCUCUGUGGACCUCCCGCCCCACUGCAGAGUCCACUCGAACGCGACAAUUGGCUUUGGACAAAAGCAAAUGCCAGCUCCUGGAGCUUCAGAAGCUGCAACCCGUCGAGGGUGCGCGCAGCUGGUUCGUGGGCAAUAGCGUAUUGCAAGAUGGCGGGUUGAUGGUCUUCUCACCGGUGGAUGCACUCUUCGUGCUGUUGGAUGCGGCGUGGGGUCAGCGCACCCGCUUCUCAUCAGUCUACGAUCUACUGGCACGGGAUGGCAACACGUGGCUGUUGCAACUCACUACGCUCCGGUCAGAAACGAUUGAGAAGAUCUGUGACCUACAGGCGGUUGGAGACGAAGAAGGAGUUGACAAUCUCUUCGUUCAGGCUAACGAGAGCAAAGUUACGAGCUGGUUGAGCGCCAAAGUGGAGAAGGUGGCGGCUGUGCUGGCAAAGCAGGAGCUAGACGCAAAUGCCAAAGCUGCAGCUGUCGAUGACCAAGUUAAUCUACCGGGAUACGAGAAAAAAGAAACGAGCAGUACCGUGGCGCAGGAAGAUGUUGCACGACAUUACCGUGAAGCGAUUGAUAUCGUGGGCAAUUACCUUGCGAGUGACUGGAUUGACGUACUCUGCGACAAGUUCAGGUACGUUGUUGCUAAGGCGGCACCACAGGACACAUUCAAGCGGUUCGACCGACGUCAGACACCCGAGAAUGGCUCCAAGAGACCAACGCCGUCCACCGCAGCCAGCGCUAAGAAGAAGAGCAAGUUGGCUAGUGUGGACCGCACUGGUAUGAAGUCACUCACGUCGUUUUUUGGCAAAAAGUAA